AUGGAAUCUAUAAAAGAAUCUUUAAAUGUUAGUGAUAUUUAUAAAGAAGAUGAUCUGGAAGAUCUUGAUGACGAUGCGCCCUUUUUUACUUUUGUUUGGUAUUUAACUCUGUCGUGUCUGUGUGUUGUGUUAGUAACUGUCACACUUGCGGCUGGAAGGAUGAUACAAAUAGGACAAAAAACGCGAACCUCGCAGCAAAGACGAACAUAUAUGGGUUCGCGACAGAGGCCUUCGGAUUCACAGUCAGACCCAACAGUUUUUGUCAGUCCUGCCAACUUGCCCCCACCGCCCAAAUAUGAGGCGAUGGCGCCGCCUAGUUACGAGGAGGUAGUCGGUGUUCACUACCCAAAUUUCCAAGCUCCGGUUCAACCAAUCAACCAACCGAUCACUCAGCCAAUCACAGCGGCGCUGGCUCAAAGCUCAAAUACGACAAACGAAAGCGACAAUAGCGCUAACAGUAACGCAAACGCUCGAAGCAACGGUGACGUCACGACUUCGACAGUUGUAACCGUCAUGAACGAAAGGACGCAAGUCACAGUCACGGCUUCGUGAUUUUAGACAAUUUAUAAAAUAUUUAUUGGCCGGUUCAACUGGUUCGAAAAUGCAUUUAUGGGAUUAAUUAAGUACAUAGGGUUAUGUACAUGAAUGAAUGGUUGAAGAAUGUGUACGAUUAUCAUUUUUUUGAAACGGUCUCGUAUUUUUCUUUUUAAGAUUAAGUCUUUAAGUGAAAUACGAUAGGCUAUGUUUAGAAUCGUAUGGACACGUUGCGUUUUUCUUUCACGUACAGUUUUAUUUUUUUUGUAAGAAAACCCGCAACGCUACAAAUCCGUUAUGCCCAUAAACAUCGUGUAAUACUGUCAAUGACGUUUUCAAAUAUUUCAUGAACAAUUAUUAAAAUAUGAGAAUCUAGUAAUAAUUUUCAGUCUUUCUAGAGGACGUAAGACUGACUUUUGUUACUAUUAAAUGUGUGUUAAUUGAAGAAAAUUGUAUUUUAAAGAAAAUUAAAAAUAACGCUUGUUAUGUUUAUGUACCUGUGUUUUGUAAUGUACAAUAAAAAUAUGUUUUAAUAAAAUAUUGACAAUAAAUAUUUAGUAAUAAGAA